ACAAGGUAACUUGUAACUGUAACGGAUUACAUUUUUAAAGUAACUUACCCAACACUGAUAAUAAUAAUAAUAAUAAUAAUAAUAAUAAUAAUAAUAAUCAAAACGCAGUUUUGAUUAUUAUCUCAUCACACUGGAGCACCAUUGAACCAGAGAUAAAUGGGUCUGGAGAAAGUGACAAGCAGCGUUUCUUCUCUCUCUUGUGUUGACAAGUUGCACCUGCAACAAAAACAUAAAAUAGUUUCGACAAUGUGUGAAUGAGAAUAUUUACUACUGUCUAUCAUCAUGUUACCCAAGCAUUUAUUUACAAAAUAUUCACCUCCAUAUUUUCACCAGUCACAAACGAAAGCAGAUUCACUGUUGCCUUUUCCUCAACAUUGGGAAGCAAAUUCUCAAUCUUUUACCUGACUGUGAGGAGAUUAGCCUGUCAGGUUUUCUCUUUGUUAGCAUUCUGGACAUUCUGGACAUGGUGGUUCUGACUGACUGCUGUGUGAGGACUGGGGACUGUGAGUUUUGGGAUGUGUGUGGGGGAACCACUAAACCACAAGCUGUUUGUUUAGAAAAUGAUGAAUUUGAGUUUCUUCUUCUUCUUUCCGAAAUCCUACAAUUUUCUUUAGAAGUGUCCGCCACUUCUGUGUGUGAAGUAAAUGUACAUGACACUCGUUAUUCUUUGUUCACAAAUAUACGUGCACUCCUAUCAGUCUCACUGAUUAUAUUUGUGCCAACAUGUUAUAUUUGUUGGUAUAACGUCAUGCCUAGUGGGUUGCUCUUACAACAUGUUAACAUCCUUGCUAGAUAGCACUCUGCCACACUUAGCAGCGGCUCGGCUAAUGUAAACAGGUGAACAAGCAGGCUUGUUGUCUUAUCCUCGGAUUUCAGAAAAAUCCGUAGAUACUGUGUGAUCAGAUAAAAUGAUCAAUAACAGAUUGUUAAAAAUUAACAGCCGAUUGAUAAAUACAUGGAAUGUGACAAAGACCAAGUUUCUGUUUACUGUUCUGUUUCCUCGACCUUGGCUCUACCAGAGGGCUUACGGGAAUACAACACCCCUUGAUGCAAUGUGACCUUUCCAAAAUACUCUUGAGAUAACUUAUAGUGGCUAGCCUGUUGUAAACAUAACAUUUUUUUUUUUUUCCCCCCCCACCAGGGGGUAUUUUGUGGGCUCUAGUGUCCCUUAUAUGACAGUAGGCUGACAGGAAAAGGGGGAAGGACAGGGGGGAAGACAUGCGGCAAAUGUCGCUGGGUCCGGGAAUUGAACCCGCGACGGCCGCAUCGAGGACUCAAGGCCUCCAAAUGUGGGUCACGUUAUCCCCUACGCCACCACAGUACGCCCAAUAAACGUAACGUUUAAUCAAAUAUAUACCUGCUAUUCCUUGUGAAUGCACAAUACAGUUUUAUAUACAUCAUCUAUGUGGUAGCUUGAAAAGGCAUUCACAGACUUGAGCUGUUUCACAUUUAGUGACAUUACAGAGACGAACUUCAAUGUAUUUUUUAGCUGAUUGACCAAAUGAUAGCUGAGGAUACAUUUGACGUAGAAGGAAAAGGAAGUGUUGGUUUCCUAAAUGUUCCUAAAAUAAAAAUCUAAUAAAAUGCUGGUACCCUGUAGUAAAUACUUUGUAGAACCUUUUUUUUUCCCUACAACAGCAUUUCCAUUUCACCUGAGAUGAAGCCUUGAAAGGCAAAUUACCUCGAAGCUUUACUGAUUUAAGUCGACAUCAUUUUUCAAGGAUGAUCACAGACUCUUGACCUGAGAAUUCUCAUCCGUACAUAUUGGAUUUAAAUUCUUCCAUUGUAGCUGUGCUCUUUCAGUGAGAUCCUCCUUCUUCAAACAUAAAAAAAGAAGAAAAAAAAGUCAGUUAAUGUUUGCUCUCAACUUCUCUUUUUUUCAUUGACUCUCAACAACAAGUGCGGGAAAGGGUGGAGAGGAAGGUGGGUUGGUCAGUGACCCGUUUCAAACUAUCCAGAUGAAAAAAAAAGAUCAAACAUGUUUGUUUAUGGUUGCAGCUGAGGUUUCAGGCCCUGCAGUCUUCACUCCUCUCACACUAACAGAUUUUUAUGCCGUUGGCUGAACGCGCCUACUGCAGAGCAGCGCAGGCUCUCCCCUGCUGGGAGUAAAAUCAGGCGAAACAUUUGUGUAGCUUUAAAUGAGACUGCAAAAAAAACACUGAAAAAAAAAGAAUUGAAAAAAAAGUCUGCUUUUGUGUAUUUGUGUACUUGGACUGACAAUACUGUGGCGUUCAGGAAGCCCAGAGCCUCUGCUCAACUGCAGGAUUGCAGAGUUCAAAAUAAUAAGCAACAGCUGUUGCUGGUGAUGCUGCAGAAGCGCAAACUGGAGAACUCUGUGUUUACAUGACAAAACAACAGUUACUGCAUUAACUGUAAAACCCCGCUGGUAACACAAUGGCAUCGUGAAAAGCUGUCUCGCUGUCAUAAGCCUGCUUUGGCUGCUACAAUACAGCGGGGCAGCUAUGACAAUUGUAUGGUUAGGAUAACAUUACAUUAAAAAAAAACCAAAUGCGUCAUUUAAUAAACUCCUCUCAAAAUGACGGCGGCGUCGACUGCAGGCGUUCGCCCUGCAGUCGGUGGAUCACCAGUUUGAUUCCCGUCUUUCAUAUGAGAUUUCAGUUUGACAUAUAUAUAAAUCAAAUUGAUUAUUAAGAAACCGAAACAUCACACCAGCAUCCUGUUCUUUGUAAAAACUGCUUUUCAGCCUGGUUUACGGAGUUACAUCAUUGACAUAAAUAUCAGCAAAAUUUAUAACUUUGGCCAGUUUUACCAUUAAUCUGAGGGUAAUUAUCUGCUGGUGCUAUAACUUUUUUAAAUGAAUUUUACAAGAUUUCCACAAUAAAUUUCUGUGUUUUUGUUGGGUUUGGAGGUCUAGUCUUGUGGGGAGAUGUUUUUUCCAGCAGGAGGAGCCAGGAGGUGACAGUUGGUUGAAGGGCGGUUCCCGCGCACCGGUGCGUAAUUGGCACAAUCAUCGCCAGCAUAAGAGGAGCGGGCGGCGGCUUCUCCGGCGCCAGAGUGUUGACCAGUAAUGGUGCACUUUUGUGACGCUGAGUACGCGACUGUUGAGAACCCCGUCCCUGGCCUGUGGAUUUCCCUCUUCGCGAUGCUUGAACUCCCCAGUCCGUUAUCCCUGAAGAUCCUCCGACCUUCGGGUCCGGACCGGACUCCUCCAACCUCCCAUCAGCUUCCUAGGCUCCAGACCCAACCUGAGUUUUUCCCCCCCUGGCAGAUGAACCUCACCUCACCUACACUGAGACGAGACCGAUCCAGUUUCCCCCCAGAAAGCAUUUACCCAACCAAAACAUUCUUCAGUUUUUUUUUUCUUUUUUUGAAAAGAAAAUAAACUUGAUUUAUCUGAUUCCUUGUGUUUCUGCAUGUGGGUCAAGCGCAUAACUCCAAUUAUGACAGUUUUCUACAUUUCUUCUGUAAAUAUUACAUAAAGUUUAUGUUUCUUGAGUUAUGGUAAUUCCAUUUAUUUUCUAUGGCAAUAUAAUGAAUUGGAUGCUACACUUUAACUGUUGGUAUUUCACAAAUUUUCACCAUAAAUGUUACUGAUUUUUUUUUUUACAGUGUAGUUCUGUAUAUACAUUAAUACCAGCACAAUAGUUGUGUGUGCAUACAUAGUGUCCAAGGCAAGGCAGUUUUAUUUAUGUAGCACAGUUGAGCAACAAAACAAUUUGAAGUUCUAUAAAUGAUAAAAAACAAAGAGGUGACAAAUAUUAUAUUUUCUCACGUCAUCAUCAAAAUCCCCCAAAAGAUUCCCAUCACAGCAAGCUGGAAAAGAAAAAAGACUAAAAUGAAUCCAUGUUCCAUUUAUUAUUAAUCAAAUAGUUUUGAGCUGCAGUAUGAAACUUUGAAAAAAAAUAAUUAUUUGUUCAUUUUAAGAGAGAUAAUCUGUGAAAAAAGUCGAGCUCCUCUGCCUUUUUUCAGUGCUAACUAGAAAUAACCAAUCAAAAUCUGGAGGCGGGUCUUAAGGCUGUCAAUCACCCUUUCACCUUCCCCCUUGUUCACUGCUACGCUGCAGCUAGCAUCAGCAUUGUGAAUGCUAAAACUAGCUCGCAUGGCCAACGAUGAUGGCAGAUAAACGUUUUCCUGUAACGGUAAGUUGUUUCUCCACCAUUAGCACACUGAGCAACAAGUACAUGAGAUUGAUUAACAGCGAAAAGACCCGCCUCCUUGUUGUGAUUGGGUGUUUUUUGUAGGGACAAAUGGGCAGCGCUGCAUUUCUUCAGAUGGUCAUAACAGCUCAGGGAGGAGCUCGAUUUUUUUCUGUCUUUGAUAGUUUCGAUUAAUAUGUAAAAAAAAACACAAAAACAUAUUCUUUAUUAAAAUCACAUCACACAGCUUUAAAGGAGCUCUCCAGUUUUCUGGAAGCUUGUUCCAGAUUUGCGGUGCAUAGAAGCUGAAUGCUGUUUCUCCACGGUUCCAGCUCUGGUUCUGCUCUGCAUCCCCAGAACCAGAACAACAGCAACAACAGCAGCAGAUCUUUAAUGUGUUGUGGUGCUAAACCGUUCAACUAUUUAUAAACUAACAGAAGUAUCUUAAAGUCUAUUCUCCGAGGGAGCCAGUGAAUUAGAGCAUUUAGACCAGGUUGUCUGGUUUAUAUGCAAAGUCUGCCGCUUUGACAUAUGGAGCGUCUGAUGUGCAUACAGCAGUUCAGCUAUGCCGUUCUACAUACAGUUUAUGAUUAUGAAAUAACCCUGGGUGAUAUUUUAGCUGGUAGUAAUGGCAAAGUCUCAACUCAGGAAAUCAAGGAAUAUGACCUGUUUACGCAACCAGAACAUUGUUUGAUGGAUCCAUCAGAACGGCAGACGGUAAACAGACGACUGACCUCUGUUUUAUUUAGUCAUUGCUAAAAUUAACAGCUGAUCUCCUGCACUGAGAGUGAGGAACAUAUAAGGAGCAGAUUUGGAGACACAAGCUGCACCACCAUGAAAAUGAAGGUUGUCGUUUUGCUGCUGGUGGCGUUCUGCGGCCUCACUUUGGCCCAGUAUGGUUCAGACCUGUCAACCAUGAGACAGAAGCUGGUGGCGCUCGAACAGCAAGUCCUCGAGCUGAGGAGGAAAGACUUGACCAAAGUGGCGUUCACUAGCUCAGCUGGAGAACCAGAAACCGUUGGAUCUUUUGACACCGCCAUGAUCUUAAUCUACAAAAAUGUUCUAAUAAAUGUGGGCAAUUGCUACAACAAGAUUACGGGGAUUUUCACUGCGCCCGUUGCAGGUGUUUACUUCUUCAGCUUCUUCUAUCACGACGGACAGGAACAUAGAACCAUGCUGAGCCUCUGCAAGAAUGAAGACGUAGUCGCCAUGACCCACGAUUACCCAAGACCCAGUGAAGGCUUCGCUGACAACGGAGGGAACGCCGUGUUCCUGCAGCUGCAGCCGGGGGACCAGGUCCAGGUCAAACUGGGAUCUAAUGCAACUGCUUGGGGAUCCAAUUUCCACACCACGUUUAGUGGGAACUUGGUCUAUCAAAUGUAAGCAAAGAAACGCCAAAAUAUACAGAAGCAUCUCAAUCCUUCUGUUUUAGGGAUGUAGAAUUUCUCAACACUUAUUUAAAAAGCAGAAAUGAGAUAUUUUAGAUCGACUGUUGAAAUAAAAACAUGACAAAGCAACGAGUUUGACUGAAUGUCCUGCACUGGUAAUAAAAGAU